CCCGUUCAAAACUACAACUAUGGGAGAUGCGAGGUCAUUGAGGUUUACACGGGAACUGGUGAAUUGAGAAACUAAGCAGUUGACUUGGGGAUAUUAUAGGCAGACUUAGAAAUUUCUCACGCGGCUAUUUCUAUAGCAUGGAUCCCAAGAAACAGCAGAAUCAUUGUGCCAAAUUAAAACUCCCAACUGCCAAGCACUUAAACAGUAAAAACCCCACACCUGAGGAGCAGUCCUCCUCAUCUCCCCUUUUCUCAACCAUCUUUUCUCCUCCUCUUCCUCCCUAAGUCCCCGGAAAAUUAAGGGACUGUUUACUUCAUUUUUCUGUUUUUUUAUUUUCAGUUUUUCAUCUUUCCCGACAUGAGUGCGGGAUGCGAGUGCUGCAAGUGCUGCCUAAAGUUCAUACUCACUUUAGGCCUCUUAGCCCUCUUCAUCUGGCUCAGCCUACGCACCACCAAACCCUCAUACUCCAUCCAACGCUUCUCCUUACCCGCCCUCAACAAAACCGGCAACUCAACUUCCCUCAGAUCCAACCACACCCUCCUCUUCACUCUCCGUUUCAAGAACAAAAUGAAGGACAAAGGCGUCAAAUACAACGACAUCCACCUCACCUUCUUCUACGGAUCAAACACCACUUUCCCCAUCGCCAACGCCACCGUUCCCGGCUUUUACCAGGGCCACGGCAAGAAAGGCGAUAAAUCCGGCGCGGUUGAGACUCGCGGCGUGCCGUGGGAGGCUGCUCUCAACCAGUCCAAACCGGUUUUCCGGGUGGAUUUGGUUGCUAGGGUACGGUACAAGAUCUUGUUUUGGUUCACUAAAGGCCACGAUUUCGUUGUCACGAAUACUACCGUGGAAGUUAACGACUCCGGCGAGAAAUCCGGGUCGCCGCCCGGGAGUCGCGCUUGUAUUGCAGCUACUAUGUUUUCCCUUGUUUUGUUUGUCCUGGUUUUGGUGUUGUGAAACGGAGUAGAUUAUUAAAUUAGAAACUUGUGUUUGUUACGUUGUUGAAGCAUUCAAUUGAUUCUUAUUGGAUUGGAGAACUAUUGGUCUA